CACGUUUGAAUAUUAAUCCACAGAUCGCGGCAAAAAAUGAGUCAAAAUUGGACCAAACUUUUCGCUGUUAUAGUACCUUGCCCCGAGUCAUCUAGGUCUGCUUCUCACUCUCACGUUCUCUGCUGUAAUUAGCGCCGCACAUAAAUAUCCCAUCGCACCCGGCUCUCUCUUUAUAAACAGCCCUCUUCUUUGUUCCUGCUUGACUCAACACCACCACCACCACUGCCGCCACUGCCCAUGGAUAGAUUCCUCGCUCCUCAUUCACCUGAAGCCCUUGCCCACGGCUAUCUCACCGAGCUUGGCUCGCCCUGGGACGCCGACCUCUCGCUGGAUGAAGCCCUCGUCGCUGGAUGUGCGGCAUAUCAGGCUCUAGACCGCUACCUCGGUGGCGCCGACAUAUUCAUUCUCCCGCGUUCCAAGACAGAGCUCGAUAGCAUUCUGCGCAGAUACUCAUAUGAUGCUAUCCACAACACCAUCGCCAAAAGCCGUUCUACCCUGCAACCCGGAGGCUAUAGCAGGGUCUGCAACCUCGCUGAACGAUCCAUUCGUGACGUCCUAAACACCGGCAACAACGCUGACAUCUUGUUGGCCCUUCAUGCGCCCCAUUCUGCAACCAGGAUAGUCGAUCGCGAUGAACGUUCGCCGCGGUCGAUAAAGACCAAGUGAUUGGCUCUUCGUCUUUGCACUAUUUAUUCCUGGUUAUCGCUGUGCCCUGGUUAUGUUAUCGUCGUCAUUCGAAUCCGCAUCGCUCUGUAUU